GCGUUUCGUGUCACGGCAUCGACCUCAGAUGUUCAAAGCGAAUUUAAUUUGUCAAAAUUGGAGUAGACCGCAGCGAAGACAAAACCUCAAGGAUAUAUUUAUAUAUGUAGGUUCUUUUACAGCUUUUGAAGCCCCCUGUUGUCCCGCCUGCUUAUCUAAAGGAAGAUGAACCCGAAGGACGACAAGCGAAGCGCGCAGUACAGCAGCCCUGUGUGUGUCCAUAACCCACACCUGGAUGAUCUGAAAGAUGACAUCCUCUACCACUUCAGUUUAGGAACUGGAACCCACGACCUACCUGCUAUGUUUGGUGAUGUUAAAUUUGUGUGUGUCGGUGGCAGCCCCUGGAGAAUGAAGUCGUUCGUUGAGUACAUUGCUGCUGAGCUUGCUUUGGAAGACCCCAAAUCAGAGUACCCUAAUAUUUGUGCUGGAACAGAUCGCUACGCCAUGUACAAAGUUGGCCCCGUUCUCUCUGUCAGUCAUGGGAUGGGAAUCCCAUCUAUUGCCAUAAUGUUGCACGAGCUUAUAAAGCUUCUUCAUCAUGCACAUUGCACAGAUGUUACAAUUAUACGCAUUGGGACAUCAGGAGGAAUAGGACUUGAACCUGGCACUGUUGUUGUUACCAAGCAGUCUGUGGAUGCCACCUUUCUGCCCAAGUUUGAGCAGGUGAUCCUGGGAAAGACAGUAGUUCGAAACACUGAUCUGGACGAAAGCCUGGCAGAGGAGUUGCUGCAGUGCAGUAAAGAGCUGAACCAGUUUAAGACAGUCAUAGGCAACACCAUGUGUACACUGGAUUUCUAUGAAGGACAGGCCCGUUUGGACGGUGCCUUCUGCUCCUACACUGAGAAGAAUAAACAGGACUACCUCAUGAAAGCCAAAGAGGCAGAAGUCUGCAAUAUUGAAAUGGAAUCGUCAGUUUUUGCUUCCAUGUGCAAACUGAGUGGUCUACGAGCUGCUGUUGUUUGUGUAACAUUGUUGGACCGACUGAAGGGAGAUCAGCUGACCAGCUCUCAUGAGGUUCUUCGCAAUUACCAACAACGUCCUCAGAUACUGGUUGGUUACUAUAUUAAGAAGCAAUUGAAGGCCAAAGCAGGGAACCACUAAGUCCAAAUGAAAAUCAAAUACUGAAAACGUAGUGUACUGCAGUCACAUCAAACUGUUUUUGUAGGUAUUCUUUCUUGCUUACAUUUGAAUGUCUACAUAUGUUCCUCUUUAAAUUACGCUUUAUAUUUAUCUACUGGUGCUGGUUUUAGUCCAUAUUUCACCAUUAUAUAAUACAAAUAUGCACUUCCCCACCUUUUUUCCUUUUGUAUUUAUUCAGAUUUUAAAUUGAUUUGAUAUAGCAUUAAGUAUUAUGUAAAAUCUUAUUAAAUAUGUCUAAUUAAGACUGUGUAUUGUAUUUGAAAUCAUAAGUUCCUGAUCCUUAAAACUUGAACUUCACAUGUGCUUUACCAGAAUCUUCUUAAUCAGGUAUUUGUUGAAAGAGUCCUUCUUGUAUUGAUGCUAACAGACCAACACUGAUCCAUUUGUCUUAUGUCACUGAUGAUUUUUGCACAAAACAACAAAUGUGUGCACUCUAGAAGAAUGUUUCUCAAUCCAGGUCCUCAGGACCCAUUCCCCUGCAUGUUUUAGAUGUGUUCCUACUCCAACACACCUGAUUCAGAUUAAUGAACUUCCUCAUAAAGUCCUUUGCAAUCCUGUUAACAAGCUAUUAAUUUAAAUCAGGUGUGUUAAAGUAAGGUUACCUCUAAAAGAUGCAGGGCAGUGGGUCCUGAGGCGAGGAAACACUGGUUUAGAGUAUGUUUUAUUCAGAAUGUAAAUUUUGCUGUAUGUCAACAUUAUGAUCAUUUAUAUAUUGUUUUAACAUUAAUUUGAGAAGCUGUUUACUACAGGAAAUGACACUCCACUACAUGUGGUAUAUGAUAAACAAAUAAAGAAAUCCUCACUCAAACUGUCGUUCUUUUUGUGUUCU